AUGAAGAUGUUACAAAGAGCUUUCGUGUUAAUAUUAUGCGCUUUGAACUUACAGAAUGGACAAAAAUGUAGACUUAACACAAGGAAGGAUUUUGGAGAGCCUUUACCGGUGAUAGUGAGAAAUGGGAAGCUUCUAGAACCGACGGACAGUUUCGGUAAUAUUGAAUUGGACUACGGCGACACUCUCACUUUAAGUUGCGAAGGAACGGGCAACAUAAACCAUCCUAACGAACAGCGACCACUAUCAGUAGCUACUAUUAGCUGUGAAGGUGGAGACAUUUUCAAAAACGAUGGGUGGCUUAGCGAACCAUCUCGAUUCUUUCUAUUCAAAUGCAGCGUGUCCCCACAAUAUAAAAGCAGGCGGACAGAACGCUUGUGCUAUGACGGCAACCCCAUCAUUGAAGUCGGCUACGUUGUGGACACCCAUUUCUACCCUCUCUACGAGUCGUGUUUCAACGAAGCUGCUCUUAACGUCCUCUAUUCUAAGUACACACAGAAACCUUAUAACGCUUUAUACCAAACUAAAAUAGACCGGCCGUAUUUCGUCGCAGAUGACCAAUUUGGAUAUAUUCCGGUUGAUACACUGUUUUCGCCUAGAGGUCAAAAGGCGGCUGUAGCCAAAUUGGUGGGGUCAGCAAUAGAUAACUAUAUAACACAAACCCAAUUUCUUUCUCGAGGGCAUUUGGCUGCAAAAACUGAUUUCGUUUUUGCGUUUGGAGAACGUGCGACCUUUCAUUACGUGAACUGCGCUCCACAGUGGGUGGGUUUUAACGGUGGAAACUGGAAUACUCUGGAAGUGGACCUGAGGAAUCAUAUCCACGUGGCUGGCUACAACACUAUUAUUUACACUGGUACUUUCGGGAUAUCGCACUUACAGAAUGCUGGUGGAGAUAAAAUCGAUUUAUAUUUGUUUACUGAUGAGAAUAACAACCCUGUUGUACCGGUGCCUCUAUUUUUCUAUAAGGUUGUGUAUGAACCUCAGCGUAGGUGUGGGAUAGCGUUUGUUGGUAUCAACAAUCCAUAUGUCACUACAGAAGAGGCCCAUCAGAUGUUCUUCUGUGAAGACUUGUGUAGAGAGAACAGAGACUUCUCCUGGCUGAGCUGGCACCCCGACUCUAGCAGCGAAGGCUACACUUUCUGCUGUACUAUCCCCGACUUCAGAAAAACUGUUCCACAUUUACCAACAUUUGAUGUCGAUUGUGUUUUAACGUGA